ACUCGACUCACAAAAGUCAUGUUUUUUUUUAAAAUUCACAACUUUUUUUUUUUUGCAUCAAUUAAAGCUCCAAGGGGGGUUUCCCCUAGAACUGACGUAUUGUCCGGAGAAGCAGCCGGGGAGGGUCAUUGCUCUGAUCCGUCUCGACCCGCGGUAGAUCUGUUUGCAAAGAGCGAGGCUCAGCUGCUGUUCUUCCUCUGUCCUCCCCUCCCCUCCCCACCGUCCUCCUCCUCUCGCUCUGUCCAGGCGGUCUGCAACUGCAUUUCGGGAGAUUUUUUCGACCUCCUAACGUGGCUGGGCUACUGCAACAGCACCAUGAACCCCAUCAUCUACCCGCUCUUCAUGCGGGACUUCAAGCGGGCCAUGGCCAGGUACCUGCCCUGCUGUCCCCGCGCGUGGGAGCACAGGCCUAGCCGCGUCUCGCUCUCCCUGAGGAACUCCAACAGCGGCCCGCGGCCGGGGGUCUCCCUCAAGAACACCCUGACCCUGCCGGGGGAGACGGACUCAUCCGACUCCGUCAUCCAAGGCACCGAGCACAGCGGCCAGAGGCUCAGCUUCCUCCCGGCCAUGCGGGCCGACUCCGUUAACCUUUCUGACCCGGAGCAGACGGAGCAGGAGCUGAAGGUCAUCUACCUGAACACGCCCACAGACUGAGCGCUGCCCCGCGCCAACUCCGCCAGAGGCCUCUCCAGGCGCACGCG